GCAAAAUCAAGCAGAGGCCUUUAAUAAUUUCACUUUCUUUUUCCUUUUUCUUUUGUGAGAGUCACGUAUGGGAUGAUAGACCAUGGCUGUACUUGUGCCCUUGCUAACUCAUGCCUACUAAUUGCCAAACAGCAAGCACAAGGAUUCUCUCUCACUCCCGUUCUUUCUCGAGCCCCUCUAACUUUACUUACUCUACUAAUGCUCCAGCUGCUUUUUACCCUGUUGUAAUGUAAUCAAUCUCUCUUUCUCUGUCCUUAUUCCCUUCCAAAAUUUUAUAUUAGAAGAUACACUCUCCAUUCUCUUAUUUCGCAGUCCCUCCUGCAGUUUCAGGUAAUUAAACAAAAUGGUGGGCUUAGGGAAAAGAAUGGAAGAGAAGAAGGGGAAAGAACUAGUCUUGCUUUUACCUCCGGCCUUUCUAGACUCUCUCUCUCCAGAAAAGUUCACUCCUCUGUGUUUGCUUCUUUGAAGCCCUUUGUUUUUCAGCUCUCUUUUUUGAAGCUCUUUUGCUUGGAGAAGGAAAUGGGUAGUUUGGAAGCUCUUUUAAAAGCUGCGUUUCCACCAGAAGCAAGCGUGCCAGAGCAAGUCCUGAUAUGGGUAUGGCCUAAAACUUCCAAUGGAUCAGCAUUUUGGACUCUGCUUUUCUGAAAACGCGGCUCAAGCAAAUACAUUCUCAGUCUUGGCGAAACCCGAACUCGUUUGUAUCAGAAAAGGAUGAAGAGAUACCCCCAAAAAGCCGACCUUUUUACAUUCCGUUAGCCCAUAUUCAUCCAACUCGAGGUUUAAGCAAAAGAAAAAGGAAAAAGAAGCAGAGAGGAUGGGAUGUGUUGCUUCUAAGCUAGGUGAAGAAGAAGAAGUAGUAUCCAUAUGUAGGGAGAGAAAGCAUCAGCUCAAGCUAGCCGUUGAGAGAAGGUAUGCUCUCGCAGAGGCACAUUUUAAGUACUGUCAAUCUCUAUAUGCAGUCGCAGCUGCCGUUAAGCUCUUUGUUGCUAGACACUCUUCACCUUCUUCACCUUUCCUCAUAACUUUCUCUCCACCUUGCACCUCCCCAUCAACCCCCACCGAGAAUGUCACCAACAGCACCAUGCUGCUCCAACAGAGGCCUUCUGAGUCUACCAAAGAGUCCAUCCCUUGUGAGCACUGUGAUUCCUCCACUUCUUCAGAUGACUCCUCAGAGGAAGAAACUGAGAAGAGAGUGAACGCAGAAGAACAAGAGCCAGCCUGCGGGUACUAUUAUAUGCAAAUGCCACCACCCAUGCCAUCUCCUCAGAGGGAUUUUGGGUGGGACUUCUUCAACCCCUUCUAUGGCAUGAGGCCGGACGUCAUGAGUGGGUACAGGCAGACCUCCGAGGAUGAUCUGAGGGUUGUGAGGGAACAGGAAGGAAUACCAGAGCUGGAAGAAGAGGAAGAAGCUGAAGAGAAUGGGGUUGAAGAAGAGGAAAAGGUGGUGGUUGUUGAAGAGAAUGUUGUGAGUGGAGGGGAGGCUAAGGAAGAGAGUGGUUCGGUUGAAAUGGUGAAGGCGGUGGGCGGUGGCGGCUGUUUGGGCCAGGGCGAGCACAAGGGCUUAACAGUGAUUGACAUGCCUGAGAAGGGUAGAGAGCUUUUGGAAGCAUUGAAGGACAUUGAAGACCAUUUCAUAAGGGCUUAUGAUUCUGGCAAGGAUGUCUCUAGGAUGUUGGAAGCUAACAGAGUGCAUCUGCAAUCUGGAUUAGAGGAAAUAAAAGAAAAUUCCACAAAACUAAUCCAAUCGUUAACGUGGCACCGAUCAACUUCAUCUAAGCCUACCUCAUGCAAAAGUCUGGUGGCCUCAAGUUCAAAGGGAUCAUCUACAUGGACUGCGUAUACAAAUGAAUUGUUUGAUGACUAUGGAGGGAUGGUUUCGGGAAGCCAUUCACUCACCUUGGAAAGACUAUAUGCAUGGGAGAAGAAGCUCUAUGAAGAAGUUAAGGCUGGAGACAACAUAAGAAAAUUGUACGAGAGGAAGUGCAUGCGUCUGAGAAACCAAGGUGUCAGAGGAGAUGAUGGACCCGUGAUGGACAAAACCAGAGCUACCGUGAAAGAUUUAUAUGCUAGGAUCUUGGUUGCGAUUCGCAGUGCCGAGUCAAUUUCUAAAAAGAUCGAGAAGCUUCGUGAUGACGAACUGCAGCCUCAAAUUCUCGAGCUUUUAAAAGGCCUUACUCAAACCUGGAAAAUUAUGCUGGAGUCUCACGAGACCCAGAAUAAGAUUCUUCUCGAAGUUGGUACCUUUGCUUGCCCCACGUAUGGAAAGUUCUGCAAUGACUCCCACCGGCUCGCGACACUCCAGCUCGAAGCUGAGCUCCAGAACUGGCGUUCAUGCUUCACUGACUACAUCGCCUCACAAAAGGCAUAUGUUGAAGCCCUUCACGGUUGGCUUGCCAAGUUCGUAGCGCCAGAAGUCGAAUUUUGCUCCAAGGGCAGAAGUUCUUCCACGCCUUACCGGGUCAAUGGUCCCCUGUUAUUACCAAUCUGCCACGACUGGUCGGCCUCUCUGAAUAAGUUGCCAGAAAAGGCCGUGGCAUUCGCGUUGAAAAGCUUUGCAAAGGACGUGAGAGCGCUCUGGGCCCAACAAGGGGAGGAGCAGCGCCAAAAGAGGAAAGUGGAUGCGCUGGCAAAAGAAGUUGAGAGGAGGACAAUGUCGCCAUCAUUCCACAAGGUAGAGACCGCGUUUCUCGAGUUCAGGCCAACCGAGGACAAAACUGAGCUCGAGAUCGACCAUCCCGAGCUCGCGACAGACAAGGGGGACUUCUUGGAGACAUUGAGGAGGAAGUUAGAAGUGGAGAAGGAGAGGCACCAUAACUGCAUGCAAGAAACGCAGAGGAUCACUCUAAAUGGGUUUCAGACCGGGUUCUCCGCGAUCUUUGAGUCCCUGACCGAGUUCUCCAAGGCUUCUCAGAAACUGUACGAUGAUCUUGUUGCUUACAGCGAGAGCGCAGAGAGAGCCAAAAACGUAACCCAUUUGGAAGGCUCCCAAGCCGGAGGAGAUGGUGAAAGGAGAUGACGAUUGUAGGUCUAGCUUAUCGAGUCGUGGCUGUAUAUUACCGGUUCGAGUCGAAGCGCCUCGCUGAGACUUGGAUUGGUGUCCAUGUUCUUUCUUUUUUCGCUUGGUGGGUUUUGUUGAGGACGACGGUUAUUAAGAUGUCCCUGGUGGUCCGUUGUGGUCACCACUUCCUCAAAUUGUUUAUUGGCAAAUACGUGUUAGGAGAGUUUUGCCUUCUACUCUCUAGGGAUUGUUACUUGCAAAUAUAUCUGAGCUAAGUUGGGCCAUUGUUGGCUUAUCGUCGAACUGAAAAUCUACUGAGGGGGAGCUCCCGCAAGAUGAAGUGUUAUUUCUGGGGAGAUAUUCCUUUUCUCUGUCUGCCUGUGUUAUCUUCUUUAUUUUUU